AAUAGGUAAGUGUCCUGCCCUUGUGCAUUAGAGCACGGCGAUGAAAAAGGAAGGGCCAGUUUUAAAUGGAUGUGUGUAUAUCGUAUAUAUAUAAAUAUAUGUGUACGUACACACACACAUGCAAAAGUUGGCUCAUUGGCGCAACGUUUUCUUUGGCGCAGCGGUGGCGCAGCCGGAGGGCGAAUGGACUCCGGACGACUUGGCGCCGGUCGGGGAGCUCCUGCUGGAGACCUCGCGAAUCCUCGCUCUGCAGCACGGCCUGACAGCCUCGGAAGUAGCUCAGAACCUGCCGCAAGUGGACAUGAUGAGGACGUCGAUGGCGAGCAUCUGCCCCGCCUUCGCUUCCCCGACGCUCUGCACGCCGGGCAAGUAUCGCCGCAUCGACGGCCUCUGCAACAACGUCCACCGCCCAACCUGGGGCGCCACGCGCUCCGUCUUCCAAAGGCCAGACCCUCUUCCAUCUUUCCUUUUAGUUUUGCCAAUGUCACGGUCAGAUGUGAAUGGUAAGACUCCACCAUGUUUCAUAUUCAGGUUCCUGCCCGCGGCCUAUGCAGACGGCAUCAGCGCCCCCCGCCAGAGCUCGGCGCGGGGGGCCACGCUCCCCAACCCCCGCCUGGUCUCGGCCAUGGUCCACCGGGACGAGGGCUUCCACGACCACGCCGCCACGCUCAUGCUCAUCGCGUGGGGCCAGCUGAUGGACCACGACUUCACCCUCACCGCCAUGACGCUCGGUGAGGCCCGCCGCCGGACGCCCUGGGCUGCAGUGGCUUUUAGGAGUGCUGCGGGAGCUGUCACGCCAUUGUUCUCGCCAUGCCCCCCGGCCCCUCCCCCGCGGUCCAGACCCGGUGAGCCGCAACGAGAGCCCGAGGCUGCUGCGCGCGCGCCGCCGCCCGGCCUCAGGAGCCCUUACUGCCUGCAGAUCGACGUCCCUCGCGACGACCGGUUCUACAGCCUCUUCCGCUUCCGAUGCAUCGACUUCGUGCGAGGAUACCCGGGCGUCCCGCAGAACUGUCGACUAGGCAGACACUGGAUCGCUAGGGACAGGUGUACUAAGAUUAACAUCCUGACCGGAGUGAUCGAUGGCAACACUGUUUACGGCGGGACCGAGACGAGGCGAGUGAGAAUAGCGCUGCGCAUGGGCGUGGGCGGCUUGCUGCGCCAUUACGACCACUUCCCAGGAACGGACUUGAAGAAACUCCUCCCCCUCAAGACAAACAUUCCUGACGAAGGAUGCAUUCGAUGA